AAGGUGUUUUAACUCUCCUCAGGUGCCUCUGUGAGGUGGCCCUUGCCAUGCCUCCCCCAGAGGGUGGCUGUGAGGGCUGCAGAGGGUAAUGGAUGUAGAAGCACUUUGCAAAUGACAAAGCAUUCCCAGUCAUGAGUCUUGCUAUCGCCAUCAGGGAUCCUGUGGCCUUGGACACCGAGGCUUAGGCUCCAGACUCUAAGCUCCCCAAUGUCUUCCCUAAAGGAAUGUAGCACUCAGGCUCCUAUAAGACCCCUAGGUCCCUGCCUUCCCCACCAUGACCCCAUCUUUUGCUUUCCAGCUUGGAGAGAAAUUCUUCAUAACCUGGAAGAGAUUAAGGACCGGUUAUUUCUUCUGAGAAGCCACAUGAGGAUGCUCCCUGACAACGGUGACUCUCAGAUGUUACUUCAAGCCCACCCCAGUGAGGGGUCUGAAGCAGAGCCUGCAGGAGCCCACUGGCUGUGCGGGGAGCCUGUGGGCAGUACUGCUCCUGCCCUGUGCCCUUCAGCUUCCUUGGCUCCUCCAGCCACAUGCUCUCCACCUCUGGCCUCCAGCAGUUCACCAGGCCUGCUGAGGACCUCAGUUUCUAUCCAUUCAUACUCAUCCUGGAGUGACUCUCAGCCACCAGAGCCUUUCCUACCUAAGUAUUCCCCUGCCCCACCAAAUCCUACAGAUUCAGAGCCUUGCCCUCCACCUCCAAUGGCCUCCUUUGUCCCACCACGAAACUCCACUCCAACUCCCUCUCAAUGUGACUCAAUGGCACUCUGGCAGUCCAGGUGCCCAUCAAGGACCCUGCCAGAGAAAGAUCUGUGCAAAGAUAUGGAGCAUAGUGUGUGGAGGAUCCUACAAGAGCCGUGCUGGGGCUCAGCCAGCUCCCCAGCGAAGGUUCCAGGAGUGAACUGUGUGGAGCCAGAAGGAGGCUUGAUGAGGUCCUCCACAAGGGGCCUGGACAAGAUGUGUCCAGAAAAUAUCCUGAGUGCCCAUGUGGGCAGGAAGUUGGGGCAGACCAGCGAGGGUCAGACUCCUGGGGGUGUUCAUCCUUUCAGGUUUGCUGUCAGCCAGGCCUUGGACCCUUCUGCAGAAUCACUCACUCACAGGGAAGCCAGGAAUAAAGCACCCUCCAAGAGUCAGGGACCCGACACAAGCACUUCCCACGGGUUCACCAUCUUCAGUCCACCUACACAACAGAAUCUGGGGAUAGAUAUUACAAGGCUUCAGGCGAGGCACAGGUGGUGCCCACCCCUCAAGAUCCUUAAGGUCAUAAACCUGUUUGAGUCGAAAAAGGCUCAACCCUCGCCCCUUCUCUGCUCCCCCUGUACCUGCUCAGCUACCUGUGUACCUGGGGCGCAGCUAAAUAAAUCUUCCCAGCUCUUGGAAAAACCUCAGUGCCCCCUGGGAGAGGAGGCAGUAAAGAAAGAGGCGAUUCCCAGCCCAGUGAGUCCCCUCCUCACUCCCUCACCUACAAAUGAGGGGAUCCAGAAGGCCCUGGGAGAGACCCCACCUGGCAAUGGCCACGCAUCCUCAGAGGCCCCUCUGACCACACAGGAGAGCAGGCCGCCUGCUCAGACCUCCACGUGCAUGUCUGUGGGCAGAAUGUGGCACAGCGAGAUGGCCGUGGGGGCCCACAGAGCCAGCCUGGAGCUGAGCCCAGCUGCAGCCACGGCCAGGAGUGAGCCAAGUGGGGAGAGCGGAGGCAGGGCCGCAGGAGAUUCCCACCACAGGGUCACAGCAUGGGAGGGCAGCACUGGGUCCCGGUCCCCAAGUGCUGAUGAGGAUGGGGGGUCAGUAGCGGCUGAGGAGGCCUCUGCUUGGAAAGCCACCUUGGAAUCCAGUGUGCCGGCCCACUCCCAAAUGACCAGGGUGGUUCUGAGAAGCUCAGGGACUCCAGGGACAAGUAAAAUCCCAACACUGCCAAGUGUAAAGCAUGUGAUUCAAGAUCUGGAAGAGCCACGCCUUGAUGCACAGCACAGUGACUCUGAGCUCCACAAGAAGGUAGAGUCUGGGAAGCAGCCUCUGGACAGUGGCCCUGGUGAGCUUCUUCAGGACUGCGACGCUCACGCGCUCCUUCAGCACUGCCACUCACCGGCGUUUCUUGCAGACAGCUCGGCUUCUCAGACAUCUCUUUGUGGCUCCCAGAGCACGUCCAGUGAGGACAUGUCAGCUGUGCAUGUGUCAGGUGACGUCAUGUUGAGUAGAUGGGCCUCACAUCAGAGCAGCUAG